CAGUCAUGUGGCGCUUCGGAAUUCUUCUCUGUCUGUUAAUUGUUCCUUUUUCAGAAGGCAAGGACAAAAAGGAAGUAUGUACUCUACUGAUGAUGUGCGACAAAGUCGAUGAAGUCAAGUCGGAAGUGGCUUCUGUGCGUGAGGAGCAACAAACCCAGAAAAUGAUCUCGGAAAACCAGACACUAAUUUUGGAAAACCAAGCAGACAUUUUGAGACAACAAACGCAGAUCUUGGAGCUCCAGACCCAGAUCCUGCAGGGAUUAACACUGUCUGGAACCAAUUCCUACCCCUCAAGCUGUGCCGAUGUUUCGAAAGAAACCAAGCUCCUGAUCCGCGUGCCUAAGCACAGUGAGGAUCCCUUCGAGGUGGCCUGCGAUCAGCGGAGUCGAGGAGGCGGUUGGACCAUUAUUCUGCGACGAAACGAUGGGAGCGAGGAUUUCUACCGCGGAUGGGAGGACUACAAACGUGGAUUUGGUCAGCUGGCCGAUGAAUUCUUCCUGGGAUUGGACAAAAUUCACGCGAUGACCAAUGACCAGAUCCAGGAGUUGCUCGUCCUUCUGGAGGACUACGAUGGAGUGAGAGCUUAUGAGUUAUACGAUGACUUCAAAGUCGGACCCGAGAGUAACAACUACACCUUGGGAUCGCUGGGCUUCGCUUCCGGAGACGCCGGUGAUUCACUUGCCCGUCAAUUGGGCAUGAUGUUCAGCACUAAGGAUCGUAACAACGACAUCAGAACAGAUGACGAAGAAUGCGCGAAAAGGUUUACUGGUGCCUGGUGGUAUGAAAAAUGCCAUGACAGCAAUUUGUGUGGAAAAUAUGGCGAUAAUGACUUUGGAAAGGGUAUAAACUGGUAUACUUUUAGAGGUCAUAAUUACUCACUGAAGAGAGCCGUAAUGAUGAUAAGACCAAAAACUUCGGCUCUUAACUGAUCUUAAUAGAACUAACCACAAAUUGGGGUCAGACAUGGAUCAAUAUUGAAGGUCAUAAAAUAAUAAAAUAAUUCUAUAAGUAAAUGAGAUAAUUUUGAAUAAAAAAUUUCGGAGUGUAUGGGCAAAAA